AUGGCCACAGUGCCAGAAAAGGCCAAAGAACUGUUGCUUCUCCUCAAAGAAGAACCAGAAGAAAGAGAAGGAAUUUAUGCCCAAGGCCAAAGUUACAUAGAUGGAAUUGUGGACUCUGAAGAUGAAGAAGAAUUCCAGAACCUUUCAUCCAUCCUUUCCACCUUCAUCAUUCUUUUCCUAGUGAGCCUCUUCUACAGUGCCACUGUGACAGUCAUCAAGCCUAUGAUAUUUCCUAUCACCUCCCAUCACGUUCUUUUUUUUCUGCCUACAGAAAGCAGUCCUCCUUCCAUCUUCCCCCUUUGGUCCUGCUGUAGUACCAGUAAUAAGGAAGAUUCUGACAGUGUAACUUUUGCUUGCCUGCUAAUUGAACACAAUGUAAAGUCUUGGGAAAUCAAGUGGGAACCUGACGCUCCAGGGGAGAAAAAAUUCCCAUCACACCCCAUAUCUGGAGAGAACAUAUUCACGACAAGUCAACUCACGGUUCCUUCCUCCAGCCUCUCAACAAAAUCUUACAAAUGCCUUGCAAAGCAGAAUCCAGAUGGAAAAAUAGAAAGCUCUCCCUCGGCGACCUUCACAAGCAAAUAUUGUAUAUGGCAUCCUCUGAAGCCAGUUGAUGUUCAGAUCUUAGCACCCACUUGUGGCAAACAGGGCUCAGUAGCCAACAUGGAGCUGGUGUGCUUCUUAAGAAGCCUUAGUGGUGGAAAAGCUGAAGUGGAAUGGCUGAAGAAUGGAGUAAAGAUCCAAGAGAAAGUAGAGGUGGCAUUGAAAGCUGAUGCGGGGAUGGGCAACGGUUACUCCAGUUUCAUCCAAAUGAACAUCAGCAAAGAGAGUUGGCACAAAGGGGAUCUCUACACCUGUAAAGUGACUCGCCCGCCAGGCAGUCAAAACAUAACAAUGCACAAUACCAGCAAAUGUCAAGUGUGCUAUGGUUGCACGCAUCGGCCCGUCGUGUUUUUUACCAAACCAUCUUAUAAAAGCCUACUUGAUACAUCGGCCGUCCUCGUCUGCACUGUGAUUUCUUCUAACCUUGAAAGUGCUCAGAUAACCUGGCUUGUGGAUGGCAAGCCAAGCAGCGAUGGCGUGAAUGAGAUGGUGAAGAUUGAUGCUAAUGGAAGUCAGAACUUGAGAAGCAACCAUUCGGUGUCUUUGGAGCAAUGGAGAAAGGGCACCAUCUUCGCCUGCAAAGUAGCCGGGAGUUGCUUUGAAGAACUCACAGAAGAAAUAACCAUCAAAAAGGAUACUUACAUUCAAGAACCCUACGUCACCGUUUCUCGAGCCUCCCCAGAUAUUUCACUCAAGAGCACCACGGGCCUCAUUCUUAUCUGUGAUGUGACUGGAUUUUCCCCAGCGGAAAUUAGCAUCUCAUGGGAAAGAAAUAACGUAUCCCUGAGUGAAAAGCUGUAUGACAACGGGAUCGCAACAAAGACUACAAAUGGGUAUUCCAUUUACAGCAUCUUGAAAAUUGGCAGAGAUGAACCGGGAGGAAAGGGAGGCAACUAUCAAUGUAUAGUCUACCAUCCUGCUUCUCAAAAACCAUUCACGGCCCAUGAAAAUGUACCCAUCGAUUCACUGGAACCUCGAGCUCCUACCGUGGAACUCCUGCAGUCAGUAGAUCGGGUGAAGAAAACCAUGACGUUGAAAUGCAUCGCAUUUAAUUACAGACCCUCAGAUGUCACCAUCAAGUGGAUGGGUUUCCCACAACAUAAGAACAUUGUGGAAAAGAAGAUAGCAGAUGGAACAUAUUGGGCCAGCAGCCAACUCACCAUCCCCCUCUCCCAAUGGCAAGAAGUGGAAAACAAUACUUGUGAAGUGGUACACCAACGAACAAAUACAAGAAGUGUCAAGACAGUCUCCAGAAAAGACUGGGUUAUGCCCAUUCCUCUCAUGGUGACCCUGAAUGUCCACCCACUCUGCCCCAGCAUAAUUUUAGGAACCAUCAGUACUGUUACCUUAGUCUGCUCCAUCUACGGCUACUCCCUAGAGAAUAUCCAAGUCAUCUGGGAAGCAGAUGGGAAAAAUCAAAUGUCACCAAUCAGUCAGUCAAGUAUUACCCAAUUCCAUGUCAGCAGCAAUUUGUCAUUAACCCUACACGAGUGGAACACGCUACAAGAAUAUACCUGCAAAGUAACUCAACAUGGAAGAAAACACACAGAGACAAGAAGUAUCAGCAAGUGCAAAGCAUGUAAGGACAGUGUACCACCUCCCGCAAUGUAUCUACUCAAACCACCCCUUGAGAGACUAUUCACCCAAAAGAAAGCUCUUUUGACUUGCCUUGUGGUGGGGUAUGAACUGGAGUAUGUCAUUCUCACCUGGAUGAUGAACGGGCUUAACCUCACCACGAACGCCACAACUGAAAAAAUCAAAAGACAUACAAACCAGACCCAGAGUUUUCAAAGCCAACUGAACCUCUCCAGCCAGAACUGGGAUUCUGGAAAGAAAAUUGAGUGCAUCGUUUCUCAUCGCUGCUCACUCUUCCCUAAAGUGGAGCAGAGCAUCCAAAAAAACAAAGAUUUCAGCCACAUUAAGGCACCAUCUCUCUCCUUGGUCAUUCCAUCACUAUCACAGCUGACACAACCUACCUCCCAAGCAGUUGCUUGGUUGGCUUGUGUGAUCAAGGGAUUCUUCCCAUCUGAAAUACUCAUCCAAUGGAAGAAGAACAACAGAAGUAUUGAUGCCUCUGAGUAUGUCAUAGGCCCAUCCACACCCGAAGCUGGAAACUCCACCUUUUCUACUCAAAGCAUUCUAAAAAUCCCAGCAUCUGAAUGGGAAAAUAGAGCUCUGUAUACUUGCCUAGUGGGCCAUGAAUCCCUAACUAUCAUGAAGAGCAUCAGUAAACAUUUGUAUGAUAUCCUGAAACCUACUCCCCCACGAGUGAUGGCAUUCCACACCUUUGAGGACAAGGGCUAUCAGAAACUUGUCUGCUUUGCUACCAACUUCUAUCCCAAAACCAUAGACAUUCAGUGGAGCAUCAAAGGACAGAACCUCAAUUCCAUUCCAAACUGUUCAUCUCCAGUGCCCCUCCCUGAUGGGAAGUUCCAGAAGGACUGUAGUUUGACGGUCAGUGGAGAAGAAUGGCACAAUCCACAAAUAUAUACAUGCACCGUAAAUCACAGUGCAACCCACCAUUUGAUUAAGAAAGACGUGCAUUCUUCUGGAAUGGUGAUGUCUCCAAACAAUAUGGAAGUUAUCAGUAUGCAAUUACCAUCCUUUGAAGAUCUCUUCACAAACAGAAGUGCAGCUGUAACCUGCAUAAUACCCCUCACGAACGCAAGUGCCAAUGCAUCAUUCAGCUGGACCAUGGAUGGAAAACCUGCCAACAAUUAUUCAGUGACAAAUGAAGUCUUCCAAGAAACCAACACCACUUCUUUGAUGUAUGGCCAAUUGCAGGUGAAUCUGAGUGAGUGGGCCGCCACCACCCAAUUCACUUGUAGAAUCCAGAGUGGCCUAGGAGAAAAAGUGAAGAAGCAUUUUGAUCGAAAGAAUGGGUUUACAAGACCCCCAAAAGUGGGUCUCCAGCAUCAGUCCUCCUGUGAAGGCCUAAAUGUAACCCUACUAUGCACAGCUAAAGAUUUCUAUCCAGAUGAAAUCUUUUUGAAGUGGGAAGAAGAGAACAAAGAGAUGUCCUUCAAGGGUUAUGAUGCCCAUGGCAUGAAAUGUGAUCAUGAGAAAAAAACGUGUUCCUUACUCAGCAUGCUUGAAGUCCCCAUAAGCAAGUGGAUGAUGGGAGCCUCGUAUACGUGCCUUGUAGCUCAUGUCUCCUCUGAAAAUAUAAUAACUAGAACAACCAAUUUAUUUACUGAUUCCUGGGAUUGCACCGUCAUGGGAACUGCCUUGUGUGACAUCCGCAACGAAAGCGAAGAUGAAUACAGUGAACUGGAAGAAGCCAAUCGUGUCUGGAACAAAGUUUUCACCUUCAUUGUCCUCUUCAUUGUUGCAAUCUUUUAUGGCGGUCUUGUCACUUUCAUCAAGGUGAAAUAACCAUCAUUCUUUCCUAUCAACGAAGCACACACCAAAUGAGACCCCACCUUUCCCCCCAUCAUCCCUUUCUCUCACCCAUCUUUCAUUAUCCCUGUUCUCAGCUACAUUUUUCACGGGAAGUCACAGCAAAGCAUUAAAUGAGGCAAAAAUAUCCACUCCAACUUUACGGAAUCUGCUUUGGGAGCCUUAUCAAUAACAGGAAGAAGCAAGUUUGUUUUCUACAUAGAAAAAAAAGCUUCUACGAAAGAGAGGGACUUUAAUAUCUUUACCCCAAAAGUCACCAGUGCUAAGGAGCUCACUAUGGAUGCACAAAUGACAACGUGUUCCCCUCCCUGUUUCCUUAUUCCUUAUUUUUGUAAAGGGCCAGCUUGCCACUGUCCCAUACUGAAAGGAAACAUGAGGAUUGAAAAAAAAAAAAAAAAAGCAAACAGAAGUAUUGUGCGCUUUCCAAACAAGCCAACUUUUGAUCAUGACUAAUUUACCAGCAUGGCACAUUCCAUGACUUGAUGGACUUUCUAGUGUGCUAAAUAACUUUUCAAGAGGGACACUGUUUUCAUUUUUCAAGAAGAGGGUGAAAAUAAAAGCCUGUUCCCCCCAUUUCCAGUACUUAACCCACCAGCUUCCUUUUCAACAUGAAUUUUGCUCCACUCUUGAUCAGCCCUCUAGUGCUAAACAGCUGGUUGGUGCUUGUAGUGCUAAUCAGCUACUUAGCAUGGGCCUAAGACACCAUUUACUUUGAAAUUCAUUUAAUUAGCUACUUCGUUUACUGUGAAUUAGGCAAUUAGCCCCAGAGAGUUUCUUAGUGCAGAGUAUGAACAGCAAACUACGUAGAGUGUCUAAGAAUCGAUGGCUGUUUUCUUGAAACUAUAGGUAUCUAAUAAGUGUGUGCCGUAGGUUCAUUGACUAAGGUUCAGUAUGUAUUUUAUCAUGGUAUAGCACAUAUCAGCAUUGCCCUCUUUCGCAUUUGGCUGCAUUUUAUGAAACUGAAUAACACUGUCCAGGCAAUUGCAUUUAUUUUACCCUAUUAGCAUUAUGUUUUGCCCUCUUAUGCUAUGUAAACUGUAUUAAAGCAGGUUUUUAUUGCAUUCCAUUAUAUUGUGCUAAGGUUUAUGCUAUAUACUGCACCAUUCUUAGGUUCCUUGCUUAUUUUUUCUGGAUUUUGGUUUCUUCUGUAGCUGCACUGAUUCUGAUUAUAUUGUUUUUCCCUUGUUCCCCAUGAUAUGAUUUCCUCCCUAUGUAGAAGUGUUCUAUAAAACUUUUGCUGCUACAUAAAGUUUCUU